GGAAUCCCACGCACCGUCCCAGGUCUGUCACACAGCAACUGCCAACGCCAACGAGAAGGCAGGCAGGCACCCGGCGGCGCCGGGGUCCAGGCCCGAGCUGCCCAUCGAGAGCAGAGCACCCCGACCUGCUAGCCCUGAUACUGUGAUACAGGAGCACGGAGUACCACCCCACACACACACACACACCAGGCAGGCAGUGUGUGUGUGUCACAGGUGAGGUUGAGACCUGCCACCCGCCGCCACUAGCACUAGCCAGUCCGGUUGUCUGUCCUUGUAGUCUCCUCUGUUUCUGUACCACAGCCGGGCGCCGGCCACUGCUCACUCCGCUUCACACUAACGCUACCGCAGCCGCUGCUAUUUAGUGCCGCCCUGCGCCUCCCACUCUCGAAUUCCCUUUGCCUCUCGCGCGUCGUCCUCGCGUGUCGCGGCACACGCUCGCCUAACUUCCCUUCCUCUUCCUGUGAGACUGUGACCUCCUCCACUCCUCACUCCCUCCCUGCUCGUCUUCUCUUCUCGGCCGUCGCCUGACCCGCCGCGUCGAGACAUGUCCAACUCCAAGAAAAUCGUGGUGAAGCUGGACUUGCAUGACAACAAGGACAAGCAGAAGGCGCUCAAGGCCGUCUCCGUGCUCGUCGGCAUCGACGCCAUAUCGGUGGACAUGGCGGCGCACAAGAUGACGGUGAUCGGGACGGUGGACCCGGUGCAGGUGGUGAGCAAGCUGCGCAGCAAGUCGUGGGCGGCGCACCUCGACUCCAUCGGCCCGGCCAAGGAGCCCGAGAAGAAGGAGGAGAAGAAGGAGGAGAAGAAAGAGGAGAAGAAGGACGGCGACGGGAAGAAGGAGGAAGGGGACGGCAAGAAGGACGGCGGCGACGGGAAGAAGGAGGAAGGCGGCGAGGGAAAGAAGGAGGAAGCAGGUGAUGGCAAGAAGGACGGCGGCGAGGGAAAGAAGGAGGACGGAGAUGGCAAGAAGGAGGAGGACGGCAAGAAGGAGGAAGGCAAGAAGGAGGACGAGAAGAAGCCCGCCGCGGUGGCCCCUCCAUGGAUGCACCACCAGCACCAGCUGCCGCCGCAGUACAUGCACAUGCUCACCGCCGACUACAUGAACCAGUACCACCGCCCCCCGCCACCGCCGCCGGUGUACCACCCGUACGUGCCGCCGCAGCCGCAGUACUACUACAUGCGCAACAUGAGCAUGGAGGAGAACCCCAACUCCUGCGCCAUCUGCUGAUCGAAUCCCGACGGAGACGCAAUCCCCGCCGCCGCCGCCGCCGUCCGGCCGCUUUUCUCGCGCUGCAUGAGGCCCUCGCGCGCGAAAACGUAGUACGUAUUACGUGUCCUGUCCCGUCCAUCCAUGUGUACAUCCGUCGUGUAGCCGUGUUAUUAUUAUGAGAUGAUGAGAAGACAGACGAAUCAAAAUACUACUACUAGCUUUAUAUUUUGCGACUCAAAACUUUAGCUGCCACGGCCAGUUCGUGAA